GUUGCUCAACCGUAGUCCCUCCCAGGCUCAGCCACGGCUGGGUUAAGAGCUGCCUGCGUUACAGUUUACAACAAGAACACUUCUGGCUCACAGGAUUUCAACUGUUGCUGCCCUACUGCUAUUAUGCCCUGGACUGCCUCCAAACACGGGUUACUGCCUGUCACACGCAGAGGGAGGCCCUGAAGCUGUCAGAGAAAGCCCAGAUAAUCGAAUUCACUAACAUUCCCCCUGUUGCCGCCCUGAAAGACAAACAUCCUCCUCAGAAGGACAUCAGAGAUUCCUCUACUUCCUGUUGUCCCGGGCCUUUUUUCGGGUCCUCAUGUUCCUCCCCCAGGGAGGGUGGAGGGCAGGGGCUACAUACAGCGCCAGCUGCCAGGUCUCCGGGCCUCAGUGACAGGCAUGAGGCUCCAGAUGAGGCUGUGUCUGUGUUCCCUGUUUGUCGUCUCUCUGAUCUGCAUCCUGUGUCUGAAACUGGAGAAUGCUUCCUGGCCCAUGGCUCUGUCCCCCAGUCGUGGGAAUUUGAGGUUCCAAAAGAGGUUAAAUGACUCCGAGACGUCUGGUGAAAACAUAGAUGAUGCAGAGAGCAUAUUCCCUGAUUCCACACCAACCACACCUUUAACUUUAAAGGUGCAGUCCACAACCACGGCCGGAGUCAGACCCUCAACGAAACCCAAACCAACAGAACCCCCCUACAUCGGAGACAGAUACUACAGUGAAGAUGCUCCUCUUCAAACGGACUGUCCAGACAGCAUUCGUACCAGGGUGGCCAAAACGGAAUUUGGUCCAAGCUAUCUGCCUCUGAUUCCGGUGCUCCAGUGGGUGAAGCACGCCACCGCUGAACAGUACCAGCGCCUCCAUCAGUACCCUGGGGCGAGUGGCUGGGGAAACGUCGACUAUAACACCCUGGUGUCAACAAUGUCCGUUCUCAACACGUCAGCUAACUGGCACAUGUUUGACAACUGGGAUCAUCGUAGCAACGGUUCGCAGUGUGUACGCUGUGCUGUCGUGGGCAACGGUGGAAUUCUGAAAGACUCCAGAAAAGGCCAGGAAAUUGACCAACAUGACUAUGUAUUCAGGACCAACGGGGCUGUGAUUCAAGGCUUUGAGCAGGAUGUGGGGUCUAGAACCUCCCUCUACACGUUCUCCACCAACACACUCCGGAACUCAAUGAGAAGCUACGCCGGCGCGGGGUACCGAGGACCUCCGUUGUCUGACGAGACUCGGUAUGUCUUCCUGCCAGACCAUGACAGAGACUAUCUGUUGAUGAAAGCGGUGGCGACACACACUCCAGUAGAGAGAGGUCCGGAGAAGAGUGAGAAGCCACCCACAUACUUUGGGCAAAAUGUGACGGUAGACAAGUUAAAGAUGUACCAUCCUGAUUUCAUCCGUUACAUCAGAAACCGCUUCCUCAGAGCGAGAGCCAUGCAGACCAAAUACAAGGACAUCUACCGUCCAUCAACAGGUGCUAUAAUGUUGAUGGCUGCUGUCCACACCUGUGACCAGGUGAGUGCGUACGGCUUCAUGACUCCGGACUAUAAAAACUUCUCAGACCACUACUACGACAGUCAGUACCACCCGGUGGGCUUCUACAUCAAUCACGACCUGAAAAUGGAGAUGCAACUCUGGCAGCAGCUCCACCAAGCUGGCCUCAUAACCCUCUAUAUGCGAACAGGAACUUAAAGAAUGUCCAGAGAUGUGAAAUGUCAGGUGCAUCCUAACAUCAACAGAACAAACCAUGGACUGAGAGGAACUGGCAUUACUAAAGCCACAUUUUUCCACUACUGGCUGCCCGUGAACGAACUCACACCGUCCCGCAACCGGACUGCCAGACUAAUGACUAAUGAUUGUGUUGGCCAAUCCUCUUGAGAGUAUGGUCCCCAUGGUUGAGCUUAACCAAUCAUCCUGAGGGAACGAUCCCCAUGGUUGAGCUUAACCAAUCAUCCUGAGGGAACGAUCCCCAUGGUUGAGCUUAACCAAUCAUCCUGAGGGAACGAUCCCCAUGGUUGAGCUUAACCAAUCAUCCUGAGGGAACGAUCCCCAUGGUUGGGGUUGGAGGAUCUCGGGUAAUCUAUAUGUUUUGCAGGUGAGAUGAAACUGAGGAAAGAGGAAACAAGUCUGCAGUCUUAACAAUACCACAGAAUGUCACAAACAGGAAGUCACAAACUAGCAGAGCAUUCAGACACUUGUCUCACCCUUUCAGAUGGUACAGGAAAACAGAUCUCAUUAUUCUCAUUAUUAAGUUUUGAUCAUUUACACACGUUAGUCAGAUGUCAACACUUUUUAAUUAUUUUUAUACAGUUUAAUACUGGUUGGGUUUUUAGUAAUGUAGUCCAGACAAUCUGCAUGAUGGGUCUCAAACACUCCAGAAAGACUGAAGUGUUUGACCAAAGACAGGCUGAUAGGAGAAGAUGAAAUAUUUUUUUAAAUAAAAUGGUAUUUCUAUUUUAUCUAUUCUUUAUAUUCCUUAACUAUAUUUUUUCUUAACUGUUUUUCUGACUUUUCUAAAACGUUUCAAGUAUCCUUAUUAAGAUAAGAGAACCAUCUUUGAUCAAGAUCGUUCAGGUAACUGGGGAGAAUAUUUUAAGUGAAGAAGGUUUAUCCACAAUGCUGAAAGGACAUGCUCACUUUCUUUGGCCAUUUCUCUUCAGGCACUUGUUGCCAGAACUUGUACAAGUUUCCAAGGACCUCCUGGAAAAUGUGAGUGUGUGACUGGACUAGACAGUAAAGCACGUAUGCCCUUUUUUUUAAGCUAGCUCAGGGCUGUAUUCAAUAGCCAUAAAACAGAAGAAAAAUCGACUGAAGAUUUUACUGUUUUAAUAAGAAACUUUUCUUUUAAUCUUCCAUUACACAGCAUUAGGACCUAAUGAAUACAUCCCAGAAUGCAUUGUAUCUAUGGUCACAGAAGUGCCCUGUUUCUGUUAAAUUCUGAAAGCUGGUGAAUGUGCUCCUUCAAGCCCAGAGAACCAGGAAGUACACUUCCCUAAUGGGAGGGGCCCAGGAGAUUGACCUGCUACUUUGCAUGGUUAUUUCCAUGAUAUAUAUGGGAAGUGUUGUUGCUAUUGGACACUUAGUAAAGGAGUGUCGACACACAAAACACGACGCAGAUCUUUCUACAGCUCUCAAUCACAUUAUGUAUUGCAGUAGAGGACAGUUGGGACGAAUUCUGAAUUCUGAAUAUAUUGGUCUGAUUCCGUUGCACAGCGUUGUUUAAAUACUUCACCCCCUGUGGUGUCGAUGGGGAUCCAAAAUGGCUGAUCGGUGGUUGAAGUGCCACCUUAAGGCGUCAUAAUACAGAAACCACACUGACCCAACUUCCUGAAUAGAAGGCUCUGGUAGAGGAUGGCCAGGAAAAACACGGCAACAGAAUUAGUUUAUUUUUGAUUGGUAGAGUCAUGUGAAAAAGUAAAAACUAUCCCUGGAAAGUUAUUUUUUUGUGCAUAUUUGAUAUUUGAGCUCAAUUCCAAACAUGUUAAAUGAUUGAGGUAACCCAAUUUAACAACUUACUUUUUUUGCACAAUGAAAUUGCAUUUCUGUUGACUUCUGAUUUGGGGUCGCGAUAUUCCAGUAUUGACGACAACCGUGACAUUAAAAACAUCAAGUAUUGAUAUCAUGUUAAUAAUACACAUGAUGAUAUAUUCACUUGUUACGUUGCAAUUUCUCUAGUCACAAUUACGUUGUAUUUUCCAAAAAACUACACUCGGUUUUUCAAUAGCCUUUGAAUGUCACCUAUAGACAAACUAUGUAAGUGUUCAAAGUACGAGACUGAUUUAUACAGUGGGGUUUGAUUUAAUCCAUUUACCCCAUCAGAUCUCCCGGGACAAACCCACAAAGACGUGCUUUUUUUUGUAGCCUAUUCACUUGGAGACACAGAUCUUGUAUUUUUCCAAAAACUCCUCUCGGUGUUCAUUUCAUCUGGUGGCCUUUUCACUGUCCAUUAAGUGUAAUUGUGGUUUUUGUACGCUUUUAAUUUGCAAAGUUUUGUUUAUGUACUCUCCACCUCCCUACACUCAUAUUUGCCAAAAAAGAGAAAAAAUACACAAUAAACAAAGUUAAUGAUUAAUUA